CUUAUCAUUUAUUCGUCUUCAUACCGUAGGACAAAAACGAUCAGAUCCUGAACCCAAACUUUUCAAAUCGAAAGAGAAAAAGGAAUAGUCUCGGAAUCAUGAGCGAAGAACAAAAGGAAUUGGAAUGGCCAAUGAAGAAGGUCCGAUCGACCUUCAUUGAAUUUUUCGAGAAAAAACAUGGUCACACGUUUUGGAAGUCGAGUCCUUGCGUUCCCGUCGACGAUCCCACUUUGCUUUUCACCAAUGCGGGUAUGAAUCAAUACAAGCCUCUGUUUUUGGGAACCUGUGACCCUUCUUUGCCUAUGGCAAAACUGAAGCGUGCCGUGAACUCCCAGAAAUGCAUCAGAGCAGGUGGAAAACACAAUGAUUUGGACGACGUCGGAAAAGAUGUUUAUCAUCACACCUUUUUCGAGAUGCUUGGAAAUUGGUCCUUUGGAGAUUACUUCAAGGAAGAAGCGAUUGCCAUGGCUUGGUCGUGCCUUGUUGACGAGUUCAAACUCGACACAUCUCGUUUGUACGCUACAUACUUUGCUGGAGACGAGAUGACUCCUCCCGAUCACGAAGCACGAGAUAUCUGGUUGAAAUACUUGCCGGCCGAACGUGUCUUGCCUUUUGAUGCCGCAGACAACUUCUGGGAAAUGGGUGCCACCGGACCAUGCGGACCAUGUACGGUACGUUAAUUCGAUUUAUUCCGGAACAACCCUUUCAAAUCAAGUGCAUCGUUGGCAGAAAAACACUUUUUAUUGUUGUUGCAUCCAGAGGUAUCGUGUCAUCUCAUGAUUUCAAAUUCAUUUCUCUUGUACCAAACCAACUCUGCUGAUCUUUAACCUCUCUUCGCGCAACAUGAAAAUGAAUUAAUCAUGCAGGAAAUCCACUAUGAUCGAAUCGGAGGAAGAGAUGCUGCGAAAUUGGUCAAUGCUGAUUUGCCCGACGUUAUUGAAAUCUGGAACAAUGUCUUCAUUCAGUUCAAUCGCGAGGCAGAUGGAAGUUUGCGACCGUUACCUGCUCAACACGUUGAUACCGGUAUGGGUUUCGAACGGUUGACCUCGAUCUUGCAGGGUGUCGACUCCAACUACGACACGGAUAUCUUCAUGCCGCUCUUCGAAGAAAUUCGUCAGUUGACAGGAGCCCCACGUCCGUAUGGAGGAAAGGUCGGACCCGAAGAAGACGAUGGGUUUGUGGAUAUGGCCUACCGUGUCAUCGCUGAUCACGUGCGAACCUUGAGCUUCGCCAUUGCCGAUGGAGCCGUCCCUUCCAACGAAGGACGAGGUUACGUCUUGAGACGAGUCCUGAGACGUGCCGUACGAUACGGGCGACAGAAUCUUGGUGCGGAGCUUGGAUUUUUCAGCAAGCUCGUUCCAAAACUCGUGGAAAUCAUGGCAGACACUUUCCCCGAGAUCAAAGAGAAGCAAGACUUUAUCAUAUCUAUUGUCAAAGACGAAGAGGAAUCCUUCUCGCGCACGCUCGACAAGGGAUUGCAGAAAUUCAAGGAUCUCGCUGCAGCUGCCAAGGCAGAACAAGGCGAGAAGGCCGUCUUCAGCGGCAAGGAUGCCCAUUAUCUUUACACAACCAUGGGAUUCCCUGUUGAUUUGACCGAGCUCAUGGCAGAAGAACUUGCCAUGACCGUCGACAUGGAAGGUUUCGAACAAAAGAUGAAGGAAGAGCAAGAGAUCAGUCAGGCAGCUCACUUGGCAAAGAUGGCCGGUGGGUCUGGCAAAGAUAUGCGAAUGGUCGCUGAGCAAACUUCCCAUCUUGUGAAUACCCUCAAGGUUCCCGCAACUGACGACUCUGCCAAGUACGUAACAGAUGCUGUUUUGGAAGGAUCUGCCGUCAAAGCUUUGUUCAUUGGUCGAGGAGAAACCGAAGACAUGAUCGGAUUUGUUGAUUCCGUAACAAGCGAAUCGUCAACUGUUGGUGUCAUUUUGGAUAAGACGAGCUUUUACGCCGAGCAGGGUGGACAAAUCUUUGACGUAGGCUCCAUCAUUAGUGCCGGUGGCGCUACCUUCAAGGUUGCCAACGUUCAACUGUACGGAUCCUUUGUUUUGCACCUUGGAGAAAUCGUCGAGGGAACCCUUUCGGUGGGAGAUUCCGUUUCGUGCUCUGUCGACUAUGUUCGUCGCCGACCCAUCGCAUCAAACCAUACCAUGACACACGUUCUCAACUAUGCUCUCAGAGAAGUUUUGGUAAGCCGACCCACCGCUGCCGGAAAGGCACCAAGCGGUGUCAACGUCGAUCAAAAGGGAUCAUUGGUCGACGAAUUCAAAUCACGAUUUGACUUUUCGUGGAACGCUCAACUGACACCCAAGGAAUUAGCAGAUGUAGAAGCAAUCUGCCGCGAGCGAAUCGAAACCGAGGUUCCUGUCGAUGCCUACGUUGCCCCCUUGGCCGAUGCCGAGAAGAUUGGUGCUCUCCGUGCCGUGUUUGGAGAGAAAUACCCCGAUCCUGUCCGAGUUGUUGCCGUAACACCUAGCCCCAUUACCGAUAUCUUGGCGAACCCCCAAGACGCCACAUGGAACCAGUACAGUGUUGAAUUUUGCGGAGGUACGCAUCUCACAAAUACGAAGGAAGCAGAAGCAUUUUGUUUGCUCAACGAGGAAGGUAUCGCCAAGGGAAUUCGUCGAAUCACUUUCGUCACGUGCAACGACGCUAAGGCUGCCAUCGCGGCCGCCGAUGAAUUCGAGAAGAAACUUGAUGCCGCCUCGAAGUUGGAGGGAGGAGACGAGUUGGAGGCAUUGGUGAAGUCACUGACUCUAGAAUGCGACUCCUUGGUGAUUUCGACAGUCAAGAAGACGGCCUUCCGCGAAACCAUUGCAGGAUUCUUGAAGAAGGUCAUGACAUGGAAGAAAAAGCGAAUGGCCGGCAUGAAGGAUGAAAUUGCUACCAAGGCUAUCGAAGCCGGCGAGGCAACGGAAGGAAACAAGGUUGUCUUCCGAUUCGACUUUGGCUGCGACGCCAAGCUCGGAAAGAAUGUCGCCACCGCUUUCACAAAGAAAAUCAAGGACAAGGCCAUCAUGAUCAUCUCGGCCGACAGCGAUGCCAAUCGUUUCCUUGUUUUGGCCAUGGCACCCAAGGGACUCGAUGUGGAUUGCAAGGCUUGGUGCAUGGGAGUCACGGAAGGAACAAACGGCAAGGGAGGAGGCAAAAAGGAUAGCGCCCAGUUCACCGUGCCCGACGUUAGCCUGGUGGACAGUGUUAUGGAAAAAGCAAAGCAAUAAGCUAGGAAGCUAAAGACCUU